AUGUGCGCCUACGACACCAUCCUCUACAAGUGCGACUUCUGCGGCGAGGUCUACCGCGAAGAGCACAGCCUCCUCCAGCAGUGUGCGCGACUCGCCAAGGACCAGGAGUCGCCAUCCCAGGAUCCUGAGGAGGUCAGCAGCAACAGCUACUUCGAAUCCAACUGCCCCAGCAAGAAGCAUCACGGCAAGCACACGUCCCUGACGGGUCACUGUGGCUCUCGCAGCUGCAAAGAGCAGUACAACUCGUUCCACUAUUGA